CCUGAGCGAACUAUGGAUUCAUGCGCCGGUCGACGCUAGAGCUGACGUGGUGGAUUUAUUGUCUACAACUCUACAUGAUCCGAUAAAGUGCACUGAAAGAAGAAAUGCAUCACGUGCUGGUAUUAAUAUUCACUCAAUGUCGCUGUGAUUUGAUCAAUGACAUCCUGAAAUAACCGUAACAGGCGCACACGAAAAUGGAUGAUUUCGGUUUUGAUUAUAAUGACAACGAUGGGUUUGAUUCGUACAUUGAGGAAUACGAUGCUGAUGAAGACUAUGAUGGAGAAGUGGCAUAUGAUUUUGAAUACAAUUACAUCACUGGUAAUUCCUUCAGUCAGCAGACUUCUGCAGAGAGACAUGAAGAAGGAUUCCCAGAACUUGGCAGUAUGGGAAGGUCUUCUGAAGGUGCUCGAGCAGAUAACAUCCCACAGCCAGGACUGAGUAAACAUGACUUCAGGAACAUGGUGAAAAGCUCAUGUGAGAGCAACGAUAAGGUACAGGAGAGUUUCGAGAAUCGGCACGACUGUCAAGGAGUAUCUUAUGACUUUACGGAAGAAAGUUCUUUAACAGCAAGAAAUAAACCGUUUGUGCCUCAACACAGCAGUGACAGAGUUUUAAGACAACCAUCUGCCUGUGUAUCGUUGACUGGAAGUGACAUUGUGGAGGACUGUGGAGGAGGACUUGUAGAAGCAUUGGGCGAGAUGCUACAAGAUACUCUCAGCCUUACAUCACAUCCUAGUGACAGAUGUGGAAAUGUGGAAAAACCGUUCGCAGAACAACAGUACAACGGUACCUGUCUCACCCAAAACAUCUUAGAGCAGUCCAUCAGGCAGCAGUUUGGAGAGAAAGGAUGUGAGACCAUGGGAUCUGUUGUAGAUGGGAUGCAGUCAGAUUGUGUGCUUGAUGGCUUGAAUGGUGCGCUUGAAACAGAUGCAAAAACGCGUGCACUGGCAGGUGCAGUAACUAUUAUUCAACAGCACUUAGUGCCUAAACCACAGACAUGUGCGAUGUCUGCUACAAAAGAUGAAAGUGACAGCGAAUGUACUGAGAGUGAUAGUGAGGAUGACAAUGAGAGUGAUGAAGAUGCUUCAGUCGACAGUAUGGGUGCAGCAGUGUGGCAGAACUGUCCAACCCAAGCACUUCAAAUUUCUCCAGACAAAUAUCUCAACCAUUAUCCGCUAUCCCAAGCAGUCGUCCAGCAGCAUCCAAUUUAUGAUCAAACCCAGCAUGAGAUGGAUAUUGGAGAGAAACUUUUUGUGAUGACACCUGCAUUCGAAGAUGCCUUUGACCUGCUUGGAGAUGAGCAUAGUAGUAAAAAAGUUUUUCUAAUUGGACCACCUGGGUCAGGCAAACAGACAGUUGCAAGAGCAUUAAUGCGGAAAUUGGAGGUCAAAGGUUACUUAUGUACCAUCUUGAAGUCUGCUGAGCAGUGGGAAAAACAUGGCAGGGAAUGUCAAGUCAUAUUCCUACCUCAUAUAGUUGGUGAGCUUUCAUUUAGCAGUGAACUAUUUGAGAAAUGGAACAGGCAUUUUGACCUCAUGUCACAAUACUGUAAAGGUCAGAAAAAUACUGUACUAAUAUUUUCCUUAUGUCCUCAUAUAUUUGAGGAACUGAAGGUAAGAAAGCCUCAGUUUUUCGACAGUCUCUCAUGUGUUCGUGUAGGAAAAUUUGAUGACAAAAAGAAACGAGAAAUGCUUGUGACACAUUUGGAAAGCAAAAGUAAAACUGUUGAGGAGUUUGAAGACAGGAUAUCAAAAAUUGUUGCAACAGAUCUAAGUGGCGAGUUGUUCCCAGGGUACUGCCAGAGAUGGGCAGAGAACUUGGAUGAUGUACAGAUUGAUGACAUUUUUCAACAUCGCUCUGUCUUUUACUGUGAUUUUGUUUCAAGGUUAAUCAACGUUGACCAGUCUAAGAAAGAGAAGCUUGUCGCUGCCUUAUGUCUUCUUUUGAAAGGUGUGAAGUGGAAUGACAAUGGCGAAAACACCAUCCCUCAGCAGUGUAAGGAUCUAGGGUUUCCCAAAUUGCGUCCAUAUUCAUUUAGAGACAUAUUAAAGCCAUUUAUAAAUGUUCUUGUAAGUGCAGAUUGUUGUUCAUUUGCAAAUAGAGAAGCAUAUGAUGGGGUGGCUCUUGCAAUAGGUGCAGACUAUCCCAAUGGACUGGUUCAAGUUGCAGACUGGCAGUUCCUCGUACAGAGGUGCAGAGUUCCAGAAAGAAAUGAGAAACCUAGCAGCAGGCCUCACUGGCCAUGGUUUGUGAUAAUUGAAAGACUUACUUCACAUCAGGACCAGUCUAAGAGAACAAGGACGGCAACAUACUUGAUGCUUGUCACCAGGUUAAUAAGUGGCUUAAAGAAUUCUGCAGAAAUGAUUAAGGCUUGUCAGCAUAAAGCACUGCAGGCUCCACAGUUUACUAAUGACUUGAGCAAAAACGUAUCAUCUGAUCAAUUCCUGAAGAUAUUGUGCAACACAGACAACACACAUAACCACACACUUUUCUUCUGGUCAAUUUUUAACUCAUCUAUAUUUUUUUCUGAGUGGAUUUACAAGACAGUCCUUGAAAUGAGCAAAGGAGUGCAAAAGCACGCUGUCCAUAGUCUGGCAGCAUCUGUUAUUUUGUGCUGUGUAUUCGAGGGCAAAACAAAGACCUUAGAAAUGCUAUUGAAAUAUUGGAAGCAAGGCACAGGGCAAGAAGCAACUGCCCUUCUUCAAGGCCAAUACUCUCAAGUGGUUGGGGCUGGUACCACAGUACGUUUACCAUUGCCAUCCUUAGAGGACUGCUUAAGUGAAUCCUGGAAGAGGCACUUGUCUGUUUUGGGAGCCUUUGCCUCAGAUGUGGACCAACUAUCAGGUGCCAGAGACUAUGGAGAGGAUGGAAAUGUGUCUUGCAUCCCAAAAGGAUCUUCAUUGGCAGCUGGAAGAAAUAUAACAAUUACUCUUCCCCCGCUUCAUGCAGCAAUCAUAAGCAACAACACAGACGCAAUGUCUCUGUUGUUGAAAAAAUACCCAGCAACAUUGCGAGCCAAAGAUGACUUUGGACACUCAGCCCUGUAUGUCAGUGCCUUCUGUGGACGUAAAGAAAUUGUGGAAAAACUUCUGAUUUUGGGUGCAGGAUUUUCUAAAUCACACAAAGGGAACACACCCUUACAUGAAGCAUGUUUUCGAGGGAGUGUGGCAGUUGUUAACCUGUUUCUCAGUACUACAGGAACAGGUGCAAGUGCCUUCAUCAAUGAUGCAAAUGAGAAUGGCGAAACUCCUUUGUUUUUGGCUGUGGCUAGUGGUAACACAGAGCUUGUUCCCCUCCUGCUCCAUCAUGGAGCAAAAGAGGAUGUGAGGGAUGUCUAUGGUAACUCUCUGCUGCAUGCUGCUUGCCGAGCUGCUGGAAAUGUAGAGCUUGUGCAAAGAUAUCUGAAGACAACAAACAUCAACGAACGGAACAUCAUCUGCAACACACCUCUGCAUGUUGCCUGCCAUUGCCAUGAUGACGACGCCAUUGUCAAACUUUUGAUUGAAAACAGAGCUGAUGUUAAUGCUUCUAAUGUUCAUUUGUCAACACCACUUCAUGCAGCUGCAAUGGCUGGACAUCUGAAAAAUUUUUAUACUUUGAUGGACAAUGAAGCAGAUCUCUGUAACUGUGAUCUACAGAUGAAUCGAGCUUACCACUACUUGCCUGUAGAAGAGCGGCGUCGUGCCAUACAGAAAUAUAGACCGAGUGCUUCAGAGUAAUUAUUCCCCUCUGGCAAAAACUUUUCUUUGUAGACUUGUAAUUCUGUUAAGAGAGACUUGUUUAGAGAUAGGAGACAUUUUUUGCCAGAUCAUACUAAUGCAUGUUCAAAACUGUGGAAUUUGCUUUGGUUGAAAUUUUUAAAAAUGAUUUUUAUGAGGUGUUGAAUUUUUAUCAUCAUUGCAUCAGCAUAGCUCAAACCCUUUAAUACCAUCGCAGCUAUUGAGAAUUCUCUUUUUGUAAUUGAACUCAUCUUUUUUUACAUCAUGAGGUACAUUGUGCUCACUCUUGUGGAAUAUAAUGACAUAUUCAGGUAAUGUGCACAAAUGUAUAAAAGAUGUAAAAUUUAAGCUCACAGCAGACUGCAAAAUGGCUGUCGGUCAUUAUUGACUUAGGAAGAGUUAAGUCUGUUCACUUGAUUGUAAGAAAAAAAUAAAAUCUUUGCUGACAAAGUAAAGAUUGUGUGUGUUUGACACUAAAGCAAAAGCAUCAAAGGAUAUUGCAUAAAAGAAGUUUUGAAUGUAAAUAAUAGCCUACAAAUACUGUAACGGCAAAUUACAUAUAUUAACUGCUGUACUGAAUGGCUAAAUAUGUAAGGAAAAUUAUCUUUUGACCUGUGUAUGAACUUUUAGAAAUUGUGCAUGUACUUAUAAGAAGCAGAUUGUAAACUGUGGAGAGACAGGACAUUAUUUUUAUCCUCAGUGAUAUUUGUUCAUGCAUAGACUGUCCACUUGGCCCCAGCUGACUUAAACUUAAAUUACUUUUGUGUCUUAUAUAUAUGUUUAAACAGUAUUUACAUUUUUAACCUCAGACUUUGGGUAUUUUAUAAGUCCAAUUUAUAAGAUAUAUGUAAGAGAUAAAUAUGUAAGAUUGAAAGAUAUGCAAGAGAUAAAAACUUAUGCACAUUAAACAUGCGUAUAAAUUGUGGACUGUGCUACUGCUAUAGCUGGGUUGUACUUGGUAUUUUCCGAACUGCAUUUGCAUCAUAGAAAUUUAAGAAGACAAAAACAUAAGACUGUAAAUCAGCUUGAGUUAUUUUACACAGAAGUUACUGAAAUGUUCUGUAUUUUUUACAAGCAAUAGUGUUUUAUUGAUGGCUGCUAUUUUUGUUUCUAAAAUGGCUCUUUUAUGUUUGCUAAAGAACAUGUACUGCUGAUGUGUUAUAGUUUCUAUUCCAGACUUUUUAAAAAACCUUUAGACCAAAUUAUUUUGGAUGACAUUAGUCCCAGCAUGAAUUGCUGCUAAAGAUGCAUGCUACACUUCUGCGAUAGGCAAUAAAACAGGGAGUAAGUCCUUCUAUUGGGAUUGUCAUUCUAUAUAACAGAUUUAAUUGAUUUUCAAAAAGUAUCACAUUUGCCCACAUUGCAUCGUGAUGUAAAGCUCUAUAUGGCUGUGAACAUAUCCAAUAGCUAGACACAUUUUUCCUGAGCCAGAUUUCUUUAUGCAUUCAUGAAUUUCUUCAUACAUGAUAUACUCACACAUUGUCAGCAUGUUGAAUAUCUCCUUUUGCUAACAGGAGAAAGUACCAUGCCCGGUGGGGGUAAAUCACAAUACAUAAGUCUGCAGUGCAUUUUCAUCAUGGCCACCAGACAUUCUUUGCUAAUAUACAAAAGAUGGAACUGGUGUGUAUUCAAUAACUCUAACAUUCAUCAACAGCUGCAAGUAUGCAUGAGCAUGAACAAGCCUAGCCAGUUUCUGCUAGUUUUCCUUCUGGAAACCUAUUCCAUUUCAGAUAUACAUGUGCAUAGAAUAAAAAGUUAAAAAAAAAAGCAUUGAAAAUUAUAGAGCAGCUAAUAAAUUAAGGUUCAAUUAGCUGAUUUAAACUUUUGGUCUGGAUGGCAACAGAUGUCUUCUCUACAUUUUAAGAAAUUUUUUAUAAGAUAACAUUGUAUGGCUAGCAACUUAUGUUAUCCACAGACAAUAACAACAGUAAUAAUGUUACUUACAGUUUUUCCAUUGAUAGAAAUGAUUAACAUUGCUUACCAUUCUUGUCAACAUUUAUGUGAUAUUCUGGUUGAUGAGGAUGUAGUAUGUAUGAACUCACAGAUUGUUCAGUUUUAAGUUAUAAAACUGUACUCCUCUUUUGUAGGUAUUGUUUGCGAUGGUGAGAGAUUUAUGAGUAUAGCUGUUGGUAGUUAACAGUAACACUUCUCUAAGCAACACAAUUGCUCCUUUCUUCUACAACUUUUUCAGGUGUUAUUAUUUCUCUUGAAUGCAAUUUCAGACCUCUUCUCAUAGUGUAGACAACUGAGAUAAAGAUAACAUUUACCAGUAUUAAUAAAUUUGUACUAUUUAUUUUUGAGUUAAUGUUAAAUUUUCGGAAACAAAACACAUGAAGCCAAAAACAGUGAAACAAAAUUAUAUUUUAUCUUCAGCUUUUAGAGUUGUAUCAGCUUUUCCACAUGCAAGCACGCACCUACGCACACAUACAUUUCUUAUUUUGAAACAUGCAAUCCACUUGAAAAAAAAAAA